CAUCAUUGAAUUAUUCCGCGUUUAUGGAACAAAUUCCUUUUAAAAUUGUCUUCUACCGUCUUUUUAAGAUCUAGCGUGGCAUCAGCGUGGGCAUUCAAUGUUUUAUUGAAUGUUGAUCGUUUGAGACAGAUCUGUCAUGCUGAGGGCAUCUUUUUCUACUCGUUGUAGCGACAGUUCACCCUGAUCAUAGAUAUACGUUUGAGACACUUAUUUAUUCAUUAAGAUUUGUUCACUAUGUCGUCAAUGGAAACGAAACUACAGGAUAUAUUGACGGAUGUCCUGAAAACUACUGCCAUUGAAGAAGCUUUUUGUGGAUACAUUCUGCAUUCCCAGGAAGAUGACAAAAAGAAGAUUUUAUGUUGUUUGGAAUCUUUCAGAACAUUCUGGAAAUCAGUACCACCGGAAUCACAUAAAGUGGUUAUGGAGUAUUAUGUCUCGUAUAUACACUCACUCAGAAGCAGACAAAGAAUCAAAUUAUUGUGCGACAUGUUGGGAAGUGCGGUUGAAACCAGGCAUAUCCCGCCAAAAUUAAUUUGUGACGCAUUGUUAAAGUGCAGUAAGUUGGAUUAUAACAAUUCCGAUUUGUGGUACCAGACGUUUGUAUUGAUAAGGAAAAUUAUAGGAAGUGUUGAUUACAAGGGCUGUACCGAUUUACUUCGAACCAUCCUAGAGAGGAUUAAUUCAAUUCCUGUGAAUUUAAACGUAUCUACACUGAAACAGUUAGAGGUCGCUAUGAAGGUUGUUACUCACAUACUAGAUAGAAAUGCAUGUCUCCUGCCAAGUUAUUUUGCCAUCAAUGAAAUCAGAAAACUUUUUCCAGAUUCAAAGCCCAUUCCACACUGGGUUCUUGGUGAAACCGUAGCCAAUUUUGUUGAUAGUUUCAGACCAACAGCACAUAUGGUAACUAUAACUGGUCGUCAUAAACUAUUCCCUGUUGUUGUGCAUUCUGGGGCUGGUAGUUAUUCGUGGAAACUAGAAACCGCUGGAUUAACCUUCCCAUUAAAGGGCAUGCUUCCAUUUGAUAAGAGGAAUCUUCGGGACCGGCCGCUGUUAAAGAGGAAACUUGUUGCCGCUAUUAUUGGAUCACUCAAGGAUAUAAGGCCCCCUGGAUGGUGUGUAAGUGCUGAUUAUCUAAAGUUUAUUGCUAAACCAGUAGAAGAAAUAAGCUGGACUCCGGACCAUACUUACUAUUACAGAUUAGUUGGCAAAUUGGUGGAUAAUAUCCUUUUACCUUCCUGA